UAAACUUGAUUUUUCUGUCCUCCAAAUUUUCCAGCCAUACAUACAGCUGCUAUGGAUAUGUUGGGAGGAUCCGGAGUAGAGAAGCAGUGCAGAAAAACUGACAUAAUUGCAGAUGCUGCAUACUGCAUUUUAACAAAGCCAAAAAGUUUCACUGGAAACUUCAUUAUUGAUGAAGUUUUACUGAGAGAAGAAGGCGUUAAGGAUUUUGAUGUCUAUGCAAUUGCACCAGGUCAUCCCCUGAUUCCUGACUUCUUCUUGGAUGCUGAAACUGACUUGACAGCCACAAAAUCAGAAAGCCAUGGUAGGGCAAGCUCUGCAUGUACAAGUUGAUUAUUUGUGGUGAUA